AUGAAAAUUUAUCUCCUUUAUAUUUUGUUUCAGAACACACCAAAAGUGCCUCACAUUCUCGUGAUCGGUGGCGGAGUAGUUGGGAUAACCAGUGCUUUACAAUUACUAAACAAGGGGUAAGUAACCCUUAGAAAAAAAGCAAAAGUUGAAAAUAGCUACCUUUUAUAACAAACACUGUCGAGAGGUUCCUUAAUUUUCUUAAGUUUGGUUCCUCCGUUCGAAUUAAAAUAUUUCGAAAAGAUCCGUUAACCACAAAAGUUUUAUUUUCAUACGGAUGAAUCAUUGACAUUGAAUCUAUUUCCUUGUUGGAAUACUUACAAAAAAAAUGGCAAUGAAGAGCGUAACUAAUAUCUUAAACUUCUUUGACGACAAGUUAUUCAGUAGUUUUUGAAAUCAAAACUGACUGAUUUAAUUCAAAUCAGCCAUUGUCACAAGUGAACAAAAGAAACUCAUGGAAUUACAGUGUAAUACUACUAUCAUCUGUUUCACAGAUUAAGUAAAAUCAUUGAAACUUAAAGCAGUGAAAUAAAUCUAUCAAAAUAGGAAAACACUUCAUUCCCCUAAUAGAUUCAGUGGUUUUCCGUUGAAUUGACUUUGCGGCAAAGGAAAAAAUUCCUUCGUGUUAGGGACCAGAGAAAAAUGUUGACUCACCUAACCAUAUUACGCAUGCGCUUUUUUCCUUGACACUUAAACUUAAAUGUUCGAUAUUAUUUGUCAUACAGUAAUUCUUUGAGCGACCAGACACGUUGUGUGUGAACGCAGUGUUUUCCUUCGGAUGAAGAGCAUUCUUUAUUUGCCUCCAGUUCAAUUACCCCUAUUUCGCAUAACUUAAUUUAUGAUUAUAGUGUAUAUUCAUUACUCUUAAUUAAGUCAUACCUAUUAUUUUUCUUAGGUACAAAGUCACAGUUGUAGCAAAGGAGUUCGCCUCACCAGUCGCUUCUGGUAAAUGCAUCACCUCCGAGAUCGCCGGUGCUUUGUGGGAAUGGCCUCCUGCGGUGUGCGGACGGCACACAGAUGAGAAGUCACUUGAGAGAUCCAAGGUGUGGUGUAUGGACAGUUAUGGAAAGUUCAUGGAAUUGGCUAUGAAACCAAAAGAAACUGGAGCGUACCUCAGGCAAUCUGUCUUCUACUUCAAGGAUAUGGUUGAAGACCUUCCAGCACAGUUGGAGAAAAUGAGCGAACUCUGUCAUUUGCCAGGAUUUCGUCAUGACUCAAAACUCAUCGAAGAAACUGGUGAGAGUUCGUAUGGCUCCCUAUCUCCUCUUCGGUGGCAUAUUUGGUGCCGCAAAGAACCUAAAGAAAGGCAAAGAGAGCGCCAGGAAAAGAAAAAGCGUCUUUCCCUUUCUCGCGUGCGCUCAGUUUUAUUAACACAUUUUUUUUGUUUAAUGCUCAUAAGACCCUCUUCGGGCAAAGGUCCCUCCAUAUCUUACCUUUUAACAACUUCAACGAACCCGUUAUUUUUACGCGCUGUUGCGCUUCACCUCAAUAGCAGUUAAGAAUUUCAAUAGUCUUCUACGUAAGUAAAGGUUCGGCAAAAUGGUACAUGUUCCAGACAAAUCCUCAAUAGUUUCGUCUACUGUGUAGUUCCAAAGUAUUCAUUUAGAAUUUAUAAUUCCCUUGUCAAUUAUUCUAUGCAUAUAGAUGCUAACUGAUCGCUAACUAUUUUUCUCCUUUAGCGGUGAACACUGACACGGGUGUGGUGGACGCAUACCAGCACAUGGCUCCUAUGGUUGACACAGUUGUAUACAUGCAGUGGCUUUACAAACAGUGUAAAGAUAAGGGCUGUCGCUUUGUACACGAUGAAAUUAAAGGACUGCUGAGAGAUCAAGCAGAAGACUUGAAAAAGAAAUACGAAGCUCAGCUGAUAUUCAACUGCUCUGGACUCAGCGCUAAAGAACUGGCAGGAGACGAAGAUGUUUACCCUCUGAGAGGUAAAUAAUUCUCCCUUUUAAUUUAUUGCAUUUUGUAAUAUAAACAUCUCAUUUCCCUCUUACCCCCAAACACACAUUUCAUCUAAAUUCAAGCAGUGAUCGCAUUCUAACAGGACCGUUUUUAUUGGAAUCUCAGGUUGUAUUCUUAAAGUUAGAAAUGAUGGAAGCUUGAUGCCCAAACUCAACCAUUCCAUGUGCAUCUCGCUGAUCGAGGACAUUGACGAGUCCAAAAAAGACGGACAAAGCUUUGUGUUCAUCCUUCCAAGAGGUGAAGACAAACUGUGGUUGGGUGGCAUGGUACAACCCUACCAAUGGGACAGAAAUCUCACGCUCGAUUAUCCACCAAUCAGAAGAAUGUUUGACAAAGUCAAAGAGUUCUACCCUCCACUUCGUAACUAUGGAGACGAAGACGUGGAAGAAGUGUUGGUAGGACUGCGGCCCGCUCGUAAAGGCAACGUUCGUUUGGAGUGGGAUCCUGUGUGUCCGUCGAUUCUGCACAACUAUGGACACGGAGGGUCGGGUGUGACUUUCUCCUGGGGAUGUGCUAUAGAAGCGAGUGCCAUGGUGGAUCGUGUUCUCAAGAGACCACAGAUUUAUCUGUCAAAGCUUUGA